ACUUUUGAGUUGGAUUCUUUGGACUUGUUGGUUGCACAUUGCUUGGUUAGUUGGUUUUUCAGAAGAUUUUUCAAUUUGUUGCUUUAUUUGCUUAUAAAUGCAAAUGCAGCAUUUGAGAUCCUCACAAAAACAGGCGCGUUUGUUAGAGAGAGAGAGAGAGAGAGAGAGAGAGAGAGAUGAAAGGAACAUAUGGGAUGCUAAUCGUCAUUUUCAUGUUCCAAAUUCAGCAAGCAGCAGUUUGUGGUACUCAAUUACAUAAUGUCUCUAAAUUUGUUCAAAAGGUUCCAGUAGUCCCAGCAGGAAGAAAAUAUGAUUUCAUUUACCUUGUCCAACAGUGGCAGAUUUCUUUGUGUAACAUAAAGUCUUGCCUAAAACCAGGAAGGCCAGCAUUUAGCAUCCAUGGGUUUUGGCCAUCUUCUUACUCAACGCAAACACCUUCCAACUGCACUGCUACUGCUAGCAAGUUUGCACCGCAAAAGAUUUCAGACCUCAAAGAUAGAUUGGACAUGGAAUGGCCAUCGCUCCUGCGGGAGAGUAAUUAUGAGCUCUGGAAAGAAGAGUGGGAAAGACAUGGAAGUUGCUCUCAAGCCAUGCUCCCUCAGCAUGCAUUUUUUGAGACAGCACUCAAACUUAAGGAGAAAUAUAAACUCCAGGAAAUGCUAGCAGAGAAAGAUAUCUAUCCAUUUGGUAACCUCUAUCGCCUAGAUGGAAUUAUCGAUGCCAUUGCAACUGCUACGGGGCACAAUCCUCAAAUACAGUGCAGCUUGUACAAGCAAGUACCUCUGCUUUCACAGGUUUUCCUGUGCUUUGACUACAAUGCAACUAAGAUAAUCGACUGCCCCGUGAAGAAGAGAUGCCGAUAUGAUGAAAUAAUGAUCCCUUACUACAUGUUUGGUUCUCGAAGAAACUAAGCGAGAGUUAGGAAAUGCUAGUGGAAAUACUUUUCUUCCUUUUUCCCUCUGUUUAAUUGCAAGUUCGGAAAAGUAGCAGCGGAAGGAGAAUAGUUGUACAAGGAAACAAUUUCCUCUGUUUGUCGUAUGCUUAAUUUCCACCAAAAAGAAAAUUCCAUUUAUGACAUGCAAUUAGGACGCCGAAGAAAUCAUAUGCCUAGCUGGGCACAUUUAUGUC